AUGGCUGAUCGUCGCUCUGAUCCCGAAGACGGUGCGCGGACUAAGCGCCAAAAGACGGACGCCGUUGACCCCAAGGAUAACCCUUAUCUCGCCCAUAUGUACGAAGACAACAAUGACACCAAAGGUCCCUUGGCCAAGUUCAAGCGCCAUCAGACAACAGCCGCUCUGGCCAAAAAGGCUGAAGAUGGCGAUGUGAAUCCCUUCAGUGGUCAGCCAUUUUCCAGCAAAUACUUCUCUAUCCUGAAGACUCGACGUGAUCUUCCGGUACAUCAGCAGCGCGAUGAGUUCCUGCAACUUUAUCAGCAAUCGCAGAUCCUCGUUUUCGUCGGUGAGACUGGUUCCGGAAAGACUACUCAGAUCCCGCAGUUCGUUCUGUUCGACGACCUUCCACAAACCCAGCGCAAGAUGGUUGCUUGUACACAGCCUCGUCGUGUCGCAGCCAUGUCCGUUGCUCAACGUGUCGCGGCCGAAAUGGACGUCAAACUUGGCGAGGAAGUCGGAUACUCCAUUCGUUUCGAAGAUAUGACCAGCUCUAAGACAAUUAUGAAGUACAUGACCGACGGUAUGCUUUUGCGUGAGGCUAUGAACGACCACAACCUGUCGCGUUACAGCACAAUUAUUCUCGACGAGGCCCACGAGCGAACCAUGGCCACGGAUAUUUUAAUGGGAUUGCUUAAGGAGGUUGUAGGACGCAGACCUGACUUGAAGAUUAUCAUCAUGUCUGCUACUCUGGACGCACAAAAGUUCCAGCGCUACUUCAUGGAUGCCCCCCUUCUCGCAGUUCCUGGACGAACCCACCCCGUCGAAGUUUUUUAUACCCCCGAGCCGGAACAAGACUAUGUCGAGGCUGCCAUCCGAACAGUUCUGCAGAUCCAUGCGACCGAGGGCGAAGGAGAUAUUCUUGUUUUGCCUCCCCACAUGCAACAGCGCAUUUUCGACCCUGCGCCUCCCGCUCGCCGCCCAGGCGGUCGCCCUGGCCGCAAGGUCAUCAUUUCAACCAACAUUGCGGAAACCUCCUUGACUAUUGAUGGAAUUGUGUUCGUGGUGGAUCCUGGAUUUUCUAAGCAGAAGAUCUACAACCCCCGUAUCCGUGUUGAGUCUCUGUUGGUUUCCCCGAUCUCUAAGGCAUCUGCUCAGCAGAGAGCUGGUCGUGCCGGUCGUACGCGCCCUGGAAAGUGUUUCCGUCUGUACACCGAGGAGGCUUUCAAGAAGGAGCUGAUUGAGCAGACCUACCCUGAAAUUCUCCGGUCGAAUUUGUCAUCAACUGUUCUGGAGUUGAAGAAGCUUGGAAUUGACGAUCUUGUCCAUUUCGAUUUGAUGGAUCCACCCGCGCCUGAGACCCUCAUGAGAGCGCUGGAAGAACUCAAUUAUCUGGCUUGUCUGGAUGACGAGGGAGACCUCACUCAGCUCGGUCGCCUGGCUUCCGGAUUCCCCUUGGACCCGGCCCUUGCAGUUAUGUUGAUCAGCUCCCCCGAGUUCUAUUGCUCUAAUGAGAUGCUUUCUAUUGUCUCUCUGCUUUCAGUCCCACAGCUCUUUGUCCGCCCCGCUUCUCAGCGUAAGCGUGCGGAUGAGAUGAAGAAUCUGUUUGCUCACCCAGACGGCGACCAUCUCACUAUGCUCAAUGUUUACCAUGCAUUCAAGGGUGCUGAGGCUCAAUCCAACCCGAAACAGUGGUGCCACGACCAUUUCCUGUCUUUGCGAUCCCUCCAAUCCGCGGAUAAUGUGCGCAAGCAGCUGCUUCGUAUCAUGGAGCGUGAAGAACUUGAAAUGGUUUCCACUCCCUUCGAUGAUAAGAAGUACUACCCGAACAUUUGCCGUGCUCUCUGUGCUGGAUUUUUCAUGCAGAUUGCCAAGAAGGAAGCUCAGGGCAAGAGCGUUUACUCAACUAUUAAGGAUAAUCAGAACGUCUUGAUCCAUCCAUCCACGGUGUUGGCCCACGACGCAGAAUGGGUCUUGUACCACGAAUUCGUCUUGACCUCCAAGAACUACAUCCGUACCGUGACUGCUGUCAAGCCUGAGUGGCUCUUGGAUAUUGCGCCCACUUACUACGAUGUUUCUACCUUCCCGAAGGGCGAGCUCCGCUCCUCUCUCAUGCGGGCCGCGGAGCGACUCUCUCGCAAAGAGAAGUUGCGUGCUGAUAAACGCCGAUAA